AUGAUCUGGAUAACUUCCAGAGCAAGUCUAAGGAAAAACAAGAAUUCAAUUGAUCCAUUAAAAUCAACAGCUGAACUGGACUAUCUUGAUUCAGCUAGAGUUUGUGUUGAUAAACGGUACACCGAACUGGGUCCUGAACUGGUAUGUAGCAUUUGCCAAANUCGCACUUCCCCAAAUGUCAUCAGGAAACCUGUUGCUUGUGUUACAUGUGAAAAUGCCUUUUGUGGUGGAUGUAUUCGAACAUGGGUUAAUAAACAGUCGAAGUCUAAGCAAGCAACAUGUCCAUUCAAUUGUGCAUUCAAAGAAAAACGACCUCCACCUAUUCUGAUCAGUUUAUUAUCUAAACUUCGAAUUUAUUGUGCCUAUGCUUCGAAUGGAUGCGAAGAAAUACUUUCAUAUGAUGCUCUUGAAAAACAUGAACAAACAUGUCAAUAUGAGCGAACACCAUGCCAGAUUUGUCAAACACCUGUAUCACGUCGUGAUCAAAAUAACAAACAUGAACUUCGUCAAUGUUUCAAGGAAAUGUACGAUAUAAAUCCUGAUUACGUUCAAGCACAAUUUAUAAAGUUGUUGGAUGUUGUUGAAGCCAGUCAACGACGCAUUCAAGCACUGGAAAAAUUACUCGGUAUUGAGUCACAAGAAAAUACAUGA